UAGAAGCAUAAGAAAGACAGCACGAGUAAUUUGCGGAAGCUGUAUUGCGGAACUGGUCUCCAAACGAUAACAUAAAUUUAUGGAGACCGGGAUUGCGUUCUCGGACACGGCGAAACAGAAGGCGAAAGCAGAUGCGAAGAUCUUUACUCCUUAUCGUGGCGUAUUUAAGACUUAAGUCCUUCGCGUUCACUACAGUCCUUACCAAAGUUUCAUUCCGGGCUUCCUAUUGUCCUUCUUAAACAAUAGAGUUGACAUAUUCGUUCCUACGAUCCAUCUUUGCCAAAAUGAGUGUUAACGGGGCGGCGCCUUUGCCGGCCAUGGCGACGAAUCCCAAGUUUAUCUUCUUUACGGAUUUUGAUGGCACGGUUACUUUGUCAGACAGCAAUGAUUAUAUAACGGACAAUCUUGGGUUUGGACACAGCAAAAGGCGGCAGUUGAAUUUCGAUGUCUUGGAGGACAAGAUGCCCUUCAGGGACUCCUUUAAGCAGAUGAUGGAUAGCAUCACGACCUCAUUCCCUGAGUGCAUGGAAACGCUCAGGAAAAACAUCAAGCUCGAUCCUCACUUCAAGGAUUUCUUGGAUUGGUCGAUCUCUGCCAACGUCCCCAUUGUCGUGCUCUCAGGGGGGAUGGAGCCGGUUAUCCGUGCCCUCUUCGAAGAGCUCGUUGGGAAGGAUGCCGAGAGGAUCCAGAUCGUGAGCAACGAUGUCGCUGCCCGCCCUGGAAAAUCGAUUGAUCAAGUGGGAGGGUGGGAAAUCCAGUUCCUCCACCCGGAGAGUGGGUUUGGACAUGACAAAUCAGUCGAAAUCAGAAAGUAUUCCACUCUUCCCGAGAGACCGGUUCUCUUCUAUGCAGGGGAUGGAGUGUCUGAUCUAUCAGCGGCGAGAGAAACCGAUCUGCUCUUUGCGAAGAAGGGACAUGAUCUCGUGAAUUACUGCGUGAGAGAGGAUGUCCCGUUCACCAUCUUCCAAGACUGGAGUGCGAUCCUCGAAGGCUGCAAAGAAAUUGCGGAAGGGAGGAUCACAGUCAAAGAAGCGGCUCAGAGAGGGUUUGAGCAGUACAAGAAGGAUAAGGCUGGUGCUUAGUAGAGUCAAUACUAUUUCACUACUAUCAGAGGCUCUAUAUGUUUAUGUUGUUGGUAACGCUGGGCAGCGUCUGACAAAGUGGUACAAGACUAGAGCUCAGAAUAGAUGAUGAUAGAAAGGCCAUAGACAAUAGAUGGGUAGCUUUCACGUGCGCCUCUGCUAGUGCCAU